GGGCUGCACCGAACGUUUCGUGGCCAGAACAAUGAUGGAUUUUCCGCCGCCGCCCCUACUAGUGCGCCGCCAAGAGAGAUGUUGUUGCAGCAACAGCAACAGCAACAGCAAUAACAACAGCAAUAGCAACGACAGCAGUUGCAACAGCAACCAGAAGCAGAGCCAGAGCAACUGCAUGCUGAGGCGCAUGUCGAAGGCAGUGGGGAAGUGCGUCUCGUUCGCGGGGACUGCUCAGAUGCAUCGCGAGGAUCCGGGUCUGCUGCAGUUUGAGCGAUUACUGCGAAAGAAUCGCAAACGUGAGCGGCUGCUGGUGCCGGAUUUGGCCACGGAAUGGUUUCGCAAGCAGAAAGUGUGCCUGGACAGCAUUACGGAAGAGGAAAUUCAGGAGCUAGAAUGUUCAAAGCAUCUUCGUACCGAUAUUGAUUUUCGACCGGCUCUUUCCUUGACAUCCAACUUUCCAUGUCCGCAAUACUGUCGCUGCAACGACGGCCGAACAAAUCUCAGUCGAUCGCCAUCGGCGGAGCAGCGCACCGGACUGCGAAAUGAGCAAAAAGUAUUGCAGGAGCCCAAAAAUGAUAAGCAGAAGGCCGGAGAUCAGAGCAAGUCCGGAGAAAAGCCGGUGCGUAAGGUGCGCAUCAAGGGGGUCGAUGAUGUGACCUUAAUCUGUCGCUGCAAUGAGCCUGCUCCGUCUGAAGAGCAACCUGAGAAAGAAGCGAACAAGUCUGAGGGCAGGCGUCCCACUCAAUGGAAUACCAAGUAUUCCGAAUCAGAGGAAGAUGUGACGAAGAAUUUACGAAGACCUCCAUCAAGUUCAAACUUAAGGAGUCGCCAAAGGAGCGCCAUGAGUCUGAAUGUGAAAAAGGGCGACCGCAAGAAGAGUCUCGUCAUAUGUCCGAAGAAUGUGGCCAGUUGUCAAACAAAUUCACCGCCACUGCGACGUCCGGGAGGACGCGACAUCGAACAACAAAGUAGCGUAACAUUUGAUCAGAGUGGUCCGCGAUACUCAACGAGACAGAGAAGCAUACCAGACCUAUCAAGGACACAAUCAAACAUGCCUCGUGCAUCGAGGCCGUGCCAACCGUGUCCUCAGAGGCUAUCGUAUUCUCCGAAGGCACCGCGUCCAACAAAGCCAAUAACACAGUGGACCAAAGAAACAAUGCCACCUUGUCCACCCAAGCCAAAGCCAAGGCCGACGCCAGAGUCCAAGUUCUUGGUCCGAAACAGAGUGAAUAAGUGGGGAUGCGUUUGUAUGCAGCCGCCGACGGAAGCCGACUGCCUACUUUUCCAGGGGGAUGGUCAGCCGAUGGCCGAGGAGUGUAUUCCGCGACCGCCCGAGCCGUCAGCACCCCGCCUGCGACGCAUGUACGAUAUACGAAAGGCGCCACAACGAAACAUUGACCCAUCGCGCUUUCGUCGUAUAUCUCCCGAAUUCUACUGCCUACUCAAAUCGUAUGAGGACGAGAUGACCGAACGAUAUCCGCUCUAUGGCAUACCCAUGCGCUACUGGGUGGACACGCAGCCGUGCUGUCCAUGCGAGAUAUACAGACGCCGCAAAGACGACAGAUGCUUGGGCGAUGAGGCCGCAACGCAUCUGCCGCACUCGUUACAGACAAAGCCAAAAACAAAAUCCGGACUGCCUGAAAUGGUUAUGAGGAUGCGUAAGAAGCAAAGGGCACUCGAACCGGAUGAAAAAAAUGGCGAUGGAGAUAAUGAUAAGGAAACGGAAACGGAAAAGAAAGUUGACUUUUGCGACCGCAAGUCAUGCAAUGUACUUGCAGACUCGGAAAAUGGGGGGAGCUGUACGGAAGGCCAAUGCCGGCGAAAGCAUGUUAUGACUACCUCCGGUUGUUACCACUGCAAGACUGGUGGGCCGGCAGCAAAAUCCGACCAGAAGCCAAUCGAGACAAAUUAUCGAAAACAACCCGAAAAGAAGCAAUCCUGCGCCAUUUUCCGGCGCAGGGACAAACAGAAAAAAGUACGCAGUGAUCCGGCUUCGGAGCGUUCAUCUGCAAGCGAUGGUGAUACGACAAAGAAGCCGCGUAAAAACAGUUCGAUGCUGCGUUGCUUUAAGCGUAAGCACUCGCAAAUACUUCCAGUUGAACCGCUAAAGGGAGGGGGUUUGCCGCCAAAUAAGGUACUACCAGCUGGCAGAAUUAUAGCUAGUGGCAAAACGACGCCAACCGGCAAGCAACCACUGUCCAAGGCAAAAAAUCAACGCAAGUCCUCGUCCUCCAACGGCAUUAUGGGUGGCUUUCGUUGCCUUUGUAAAAAGGCUCUAAAGCCAGGUCGCUACCUACUUUAUAAUUUCAGCAACAUCAAAACCAAUCACCAGCAGCAUGUUCAGAGCUAUGCGGAACGAAACAAUCUUCCGGCGCCCAGUAGCAGCCAAUUCCUUGCCCAGCGUUCGCUCUUUGGUCUGCCCCAAUUCCAUACGCAACCAGCACCUUGCAAGUGGGGAGCGUUUGCAGCUCGCUCUACACAAAGCUCCGAUACGCUUCGCCCCAGCAGUUGCGGUAGUGGCUGCGACAAUCCAUACGAUCCAUAUAACGACACGCAGAAGAAGUCCAAUAAGAAGUUAAAUUACAAAAAUAGCCAAAGCGCACAAUCGGACACCAAGAGCUCGAGUGGGGAAGGGGGCACAUGUACGAGUGGUGGAGGGGGUACUUGUAGUAGGGGUGGUGGCAAAAGCAAGAGCGGAGGAGAGAGCACAUGCACGAGUGGGGACGGAGGAACGUGUAAAGGCAAGGCCGGAGGAACAUGUAAAAGCGGCGGUUGCGGAGCAACUAAAAAGGGUGGUGGAGGAACGUGUACAAGCGAGGGUGGAGGGACUUGCACGAGUGGUACAGGAGGAACUUGCACGAGUGGUGGAGAAGGAACCUGCUCCGGCGGUACUCGUCGAAAGCGCAAUCGUAGCAGAUGCUCUCUCCGCUCGUUCUUUCAUCUAAACACACAACCACCGCGUAACCAGUGGCCGGCGGAUGGGAAAGGACAGGACUGCAGAACAGCGACAAGCUCUGAAACAUUGCGUCCCAGCAACAGCGCGGCGGGAUCAUCAUGCAGUUGGAAAUGUCGCAGGGGUAAAGCUCUGGCUCCGGGGUGGGACGGGCCAUUAGAAGGAUGCAAGGGAUGCGGACUUUGUGCUCAGUGGGCGUGUGGACCGAUCGGGCACGUCGAGGAAGGGGUGUGCGGAAAACCGUUUCAACCCACAACUAAAUCAUCCAAGCUUGCACAGCAAAAACAGCAACGAUCUAUUUUUAAGGGCUCUGAAGGGAAUACAAAUCAGGGCGAACAAAGAGAAGGAAGGGACAAGUAUGAACGGCGGGAACGACAUGAGUCUAAACAAACACGUGGCCGGCUGUUGAACGAAGCGGCACGAGGCUUAAAAAUGGCAGCAUUACUGCAGCGACCUGCAAAGUUCCCAUGUCGACGGGCAUGCAUGCCGGCAACGGAGUAUAAUGCAUUUAUACGUCAGAUUGCUAGACGGCGUGCUAACACAAAUCUGCCCAUGCGCAAGCUUUCGGCUACGAAGUUAAAAACCGACCCUGAGCCCAUUGUACAAGCCGAUGAUGUUCAAUCUCAACCCAAUGAGGGCGCAGCCGUGCGUAUUGCAGAAAACGAUGCUCCCCGUGAACCCAUUCUAACACCAUCAAGUAGUAGAGCGAUUAUCCCCAAUCGUCCCAUACAAACAUCUAACAAUACGAGCAGAGCAGCGCGAACCAAAAUCAGAACUACAUCGCAAGCCCCGACCGAUCGCUGCGCCAUUAUUCGCAGACAAAACCAAAAUCAACUAACUGUGAUCAGCAACCGUGUCGCUCGACCGCGUACCCGAAAUCCUAGAGCCGACACGGUCACUGUUCACAUUAGCACUGUGGGAAAGAGGCCCAAUACUUCUAUACUGAUUAAGAAACGGUCGAUGGGCUCGAGUGCAGCGACCCCUUUGCGCUUCCACACGCCCAGUACAAGCUCCAAAACCCUGGGUUCUACCAAUAGCUUGACAUACAAACGAUCACAGGGCUCCAAUUUGUCAGCGAGAACGUCUGGUACUCUGCACAUAUCAUAUUCGCGAACCAGUGUGCAGCAACCUCCAUUGCGCUAUCGCUUUCGGGCACCGAAGUUCGCGGCGAAGGCGACGAAAAAACCGCCUAAAACAUUUAGAACUCGCAGAGGAAGUCGUAACAGCACAGUCAGCAAUCAGCGACCAAUGGAAUCACCCUACGGCUACAGUGAGCCACAAACCCCGACUAUUUGUACUCCAAGUAGUACUUGCGCGGGUAAAGUGACUAGAGUAGAGCAACACUGUAAAGUAUCCACGGUAACUUCCCCUGCCAUUUCGGAGGUCUGCUCUCAAGCGUCCAAGACGCUUUCAGAACCGGGCUCCAAAAUGAGCGGAGAAUUCCGCCAAAGCUUUUCAGAUGCUCGUGCAUCAGAUACUCGUGCAUUAGAUGCUCGUGCAUCAGAUACUCGUGCAUCAGAUGCUCGUGCAUCAAAUGCUCGUGCAUCAAAUGCUCGUGCAUCAAAUGCUCGUGCAUCAGAUGCUCGUGCAUCAAAUGCUCGUGCAUCAAAUGCUCGUGCAUCAAAUGCUCGUUCAUCAGAUGCUCGUGCAUCAAAUGCUCGUGCAUCAGAUGCUCGUGCAUCAGAUGCUCGUUCAUCAGAUGCUCGUGCCGCUGCCGUAUCCAAAGCAGCGUGCCCAUGUGCUGAGCAAGUAUGUUGCAAGCCUCAGACCCAGCGGUUGUUGGAGACGGGUCGCCGCUAUUACACAGACACGCAACCCAAAUCGCUGGAGGAGAAGGCAACGUUAGGUAUCAGAUACAGCAGUCGCUCUUUACACUCGAACCAUUCCAUACCGGCGCUCUGCUCCAAUACAAAUAGCGUGACAUGUCCGUGUGUGCCAGCACCCUCUGCAGCGACUGUGGCAACAGCGGCCACGUUGGACACCGUGCAGCGCGAUACCGAGCGCUUCGGCGUAAUCUCAUGCUACACGAGCGGCCAAUCAGUGGCACAGCGACCAUUGCAAAUGCGCUCGCAGUCGCCCUGCAUUCUGCCCAAAAUCUUUUCGACCCAACCGCCUAUUAUCGAGGCCUAUCGCGAGAUGCGUGAAGCACAACUGAAGAAGGCAAAACCAAAAGUGCCGCGAAAGCCGCAUCAGCAUGCACGGCCAGAGUACUCUUUUCGCACACGCCGUCCCACACCCCGCCAGUACUUGAAAGAUUUUGACUAUUACGGAUGGCAGCAGUCCUUAUGCAAUGGUUCGUUUCAACAGCAAAGGCCACAGCAGGAAUCGUCAUGCCAGUGCUCUUGGGUAUACGAACGCAAGCCACGAUGCUCACAGCCAGAUAGUAUUCGUACCGAAACGGAUUAUCCGUCAUGCCGCACGUCUACAACAAAUGCGAUCGGCACGGCUGAGUGUGCUGACAAGCUAAGUCGUGCGCUUGGAUGCUGCGCAGUUCUUAUUCAACGACAGCAACAACAACACCAACUACAAACACCCUGCACUACAUCUGAUCAGAGUGCACGAACAGCUUCCAGCCGUUCCUGUUGUUCUCAAAAUGAAAACAGGAAUGUUCAGCCCCGUCGUAGCUACUGCGAGGAUAAAUAUUCCGAGUCGGAAGCCAUGGGUGCAACUAAUUUAUUGAGCCGUUGCAAUCAACUGAAUAGCGCCUGCCGCUCGCGAUCCGGUUGCGAUAUGUUCUUUAAUCGCUCAUCCAGUGAAAGUGUCGACAACGUAAAGAAUCAAGCGACUAACCGGGAUGGUCGACAACCAACAGCCAGCAGCCUUAAGAAAAAGAGCAGUAUUGAUAUGAAAUGCCAGGCCGAUGCUCAGAGCACUACUUCCGCCUCCUCCUCUUCAUCUGACUGCUCAUCUUCUUCGAGUGGAGAGGGUAGGGGUUUGAAUUCUGGUAGCUCCUCAGACAGGCUAUCAAAGCAACGCAAGCAUGGCACAGACAGACAAGGAGGCAGACACUCUUAUUGCAGCAGUAGAGAGAAGACUAAAGAGGCUACCCGAGAAGAUCUUGAGGAGCGUGCAUAUAGUGCCUACCUCAACCAAUUGCAAGGGCCAAAGCUCACGGAACAGAAGGUUCGCUCACAGCAUAGAAGCAGCGGCCCACUGUUUGGUAUCAGCAGACUAAUAUCUAGGGGCUAUGGAAAUCUAGCACGGCGUCGCCUAAGACGCUCUGCGUCGCAGUCUACACGAGUUUUCGAUUCACCCGAUGGCGACGAUAACGAUAUAAAAGAUGACGCCCAUUACGUUCAGGAGUACCAACAACAUAGUCAUUCAAUGCAACAGCCUCAGCCUCAGCGCUUUCUACCGAACAAACAAGCAGCAAUGCAAUCCUAUUCUGACUUUUCCACGUCCACCGUUAUGCCAACAAGCGUUUCCACAAUGAGUACGAAAUUCCCAACACAUAGAACAGCUACGCCAGUUUCUACUAUAACGAAUGUAUCGGGAAUGUCUCGGCCGCCUAGUCAAAAUAUUUCAGCGGCAAAACGAAGCCUGGCUGCCGCUCUGGUUGCGAAUAGUGCCCGGGCGUUGGCCGAAAAAUUGCGAGCUAAAGCGCAGCCUUUUAUGUUUGCCCCGACAAGCCAUGCACCCAUUGCUCUUAAAAGCAUCCGAAGGAUAGAUAUUCCGAAUGGUAAUCGUUUUUCCACGGAUGUUGCUUCCACCUAUUCAACGAAGCCGAUGCGUCACAAUAAUUUCCCAAUUUCUUUGAGGGAUACGUUCCGAAAACACUCGAAAAGUUCAAUGAGCAAUGCAAAUAGUGGAAAUAUAGGCACGAAUAAUACCGAGGGAGAUUCCGCAUCCGCAGCUCAGCCGCGGAUCCCAUCAGAUUGCAGAAAACCCAAUUGUAAACAUGUCGCAUCCUUUGACAGUUCGUCCACACCGUCAACAGGUACGAACAGCUUGCUAAGCUAUUUAAGCAGCUCCUUGGAAAGGUCCGCCCUGUCUUCGGAACAGACAUCAUCGUUUAUACUACCUACCAGCACAGCUGGUUCAAUGAGUGGCAUUUACUCCACCGAUGUCAAUUCUGCAUUUCAAGACUCUUCGGCCUCUGCUUUGCAGUCCAGGCCGAGUCGUGAUCACAGUGCUAACGAUGUAGAACCUCAAUGGAAUUCGUCUACGUACCGCAAAAAAUCGACUGAUCCAACGCCUCCCCACUCCUCCACUAUAUAUUAUCAAAACACGACGAGAUCACCUGGCUGUCAGCAUACCCGCUCUUUGUCCAAUAGUCCAACAUUUAUAAAACUACAAGCGGCACCGCGACGUGUACCGCCGCCAGUAUCUCUGCGGUCAGAGCUGGACUUUCAAACACAUUCUUUGCCCACAAAGAGCUCUACGCCCGUCAUUUCUUUCCAUUACAAGAAACCCACUUACAGUCGGGAUACGGGGGGUAAUAUUCGAGCGACUCCAUCGUUAACGCUGCUCGAUCAUCUACGCAAACAGAUGCAAGUGACGUCCACAUUUUCCGAAAAGUCAACCACAACAUCCAAACUGAAAUCACAAAAUCAAAGAGCGUCGUGUGAACGCCAUCCACCAAUGCAUCCAAUGUCAUUGGAAGAACUAGACCGAUUGAACAACAAUGCAAGAUUGAGUCGAGUCCUGCAUGCACUGGCCAAUGGCUCAACGACAACCCCGUUGGUAAUCCCUCCCACCUUUAAUGUGCCACCGAACUGCAAUUUAAGAUCUAUGUUGGCCAAGAACAUUCGGCGAAGCAGCUAAGGACCAACUACUUAUCCUGAAAAUCUAGUCGUGUUUGUAUCAGAUAUAUUACAAUGGAACCUGUCCAGUACCCCCCAAAUAUUUUUGUUUACUGUUUUUUAUAUACAAUACCGAAUAAAGGAUAUAUACCAUCCAACUGCACACCUCGCCUGAUGUGGAA